UUCUUCGUCCCUCUGCCCGGUUUGCCCAUCGCCGAGCCCAGAACCCUAAUCUGAGAUCGCGAACUAUCCUCUCCCGAUGUCAGACGUCACCGCCGAGUUCACGCCGCGCCAGCGCCUGCCUACGCCGUCGCCAUCACUAUCCCCUCAGCAGUCUCGCAGUCGUCAGCCGCCCCCUCCCGGCUCCGACCCCCUCGCUCUCGGCGUCGUCAUCUUCAUCGCCGUCUGCUUCCUCCUGGUUUCAAUCUCAGCUCCAUCAAGCAUUUUACAUCAAGUUCCUGAAGGACAUGUUGGGGUAUACUGGAGGGGAGGUGCUCUUUUGAAAACCAUUACUACUCCAGGCUAUCACCUGAAGCUGCCUUUCAUCACCCAGUUUGAGCCAAUACAGGUUACACUCCAAACAGACCAGGUCAAAGGUAUUCCUUGUGGAACGAAAGGCGGUGUCAUGAUCAGCUUUGACAAGAUAGAGGUUGUCAAUCGUCUCAAUAAAGACUUUGUUUAUGAGACCCUGCUCAAUUAUGGUGUGCAUUAUGAUAAGACAUGGAUAUAUGACAAAAUUCAUCACGAGAUAAACCAGUUCUGCAGUGCUCAUAGUUUGCAGCAAGUUUACAUUGACAUGUUCGAUCAGAUUGAUGAGACCAUGAAAGAAGCUAUCCAAAGGGACUGCACGCGCUAUGCUCCUGGAAUUGAGAUUAUCAGUGUUCGUGUUACAAAACCAAACAUACCUGUUAGUAUUAGGAGAAAUUUUGAACUUAUGGAGGAGGAGCGUACAAAGGCGCUAAUUGCCAUCGAAAGGCAAAAGGUGGCAGAAAAGGAGGCAGAAACUCAGAAGAAGAUCGCACUAUCUGAAGCAGAAAAGAAUGCACUAGUGAGCAAGAUCCUCAUGCAGCAGAUGCUAACGGAGAAGGACAGUUCCAAAAGGCAGCAGCAGAUUGAUAAUGAAAUGUUUCUUGCCCGAGAGAGAGCCCUUGCAGAUGCAAACUAUUACAGGAUUACGAAGGAAGCAGAGGCUAACAAGCUAAAACUUACACCUGAGUAUCUUGAGCUGAGGUUCAUUGAAUCAAUUGCCAAUAACACAAAGAUUUUCUUUGGUGAAAAGAUUCCGAACAUGAUCAUGGAUCAAAGGUUGAUUCGAAAUCACCUUGAUUCUGCUCCGAGCAAGGACCAGUUAGAAAUAUAGUAUCAUCUCUUGUAAAUUUGAAGGAACGAUGGUUGUUUUGUAAUCCUGUAUGGAAGUUUGGAUUUCCCUGAAGCCCCUCGGCGCAUGAGAAUCAAAAAAGGAUGUAAUAGUAGGACCGUUUAGCCUUGUGGAAUCUUUACUAUUAAAAGAGGAUCUACCGUCGUUGUCGUCG